CCUCACCCUGGAGAUCAUCUCCUUGAUAACUGGAGAGGUGAGAGUCUCACAUGACAUCACUCUUAUCUCUAGUAAUAAACCAGGGAAAUGACGGGAAAGGUGAAGGAUUCUUAGAAUCUCUGUAGUGAUCGGCGUCUUCCCAUACACAGGAUUAUACAGUAGUGAAGAAGUCGUCUGGUGAGUGUGUGACACCCCGUGUGUCAGGAGGAUGGAGCAGGACCCAGAGCCCCAUCACCGAGCCUCCACCUCAUUCCCUGAUACAUGAGCAGAAGAUCCUAGAACUUACCACCAGGAUCACUGAGCUGCUGAGCGGAGAGGUUCCUAUAAGGUGUCAGGAUGUCGCUGUCUAUUUCUCCAUGGAGGAGUGGGAGUAUUUAGAAGGACACAAGAAUCUGUACAAGGACGCCAUGAUGGAGAAUCACCAGUCCCUCACAUCACCGGAUGGAUCCAGUCAGAGAAAUCCACCAGAGAGAUGUCCCAGUCCUCAGUAUUCCCAGGACUGUGCAGGGGAGAAACCAAAUAUCCCACUGGAUCAUCAGGAAAGUUCUGGUAGAACAACGAGUGGACCUGGAAAACCCGUAUCCGUGUCCGCGAAUGGUGAAGACGGAACGAGAGUCUAUCAUAAGCAUCUUCAUUUAUCUCCCUAUCAUGAAGCAGAAGAUAACAAUACCAUGCAAGAUUAUUCUAUAUCUCCUAAUGUACCCUCAGUCCUCCACAGUGGAGAUCUAUCCUGCGAUACCUCUGGUCACAAGAAAUCUUCAUCUAGUCAAUCACGGACUGGCAAAACAAGAGCUAAACAAAAACGUGGAAAAAUAUUUCCACGUAAGAAACCAUUAAAAAAUGAUUCUAAUCUUUCUUUGCAUAAGAGAAAUCACAGAGAAAAAAAAUCAUUUUCAUGCUCUGAAUGUGAAAAGUCAUUUACCAAAAAAUUCAUUCUAGAUGGACAUCAGAGACUUCACACAGGGGAGAGACCAUAUUCAUGCUCAGAAUGUGGGAAAUGUUUUAGAUUAAAAUCACAUCUUGUUACACAUCAGAGAACUCACACAGGAGAGAAGCCAUUUAUGUGUCCAGAUUGUGGUAAGUGUUUUGGUAAUAAAUCACUGCUUAAUAGCCACCUAAAAAGUCACAAAAGGGAAAAGCCAUUUUCAUGCCCAGAAUGUGGGAAAUGUUUUAAAAUGAAAUCACAUCUUGUUACACAUCAGAAAACUCACAUAGGGGAGAAGCCAUUUAUGUGUUCUGAAUGUGGGAAGUAUUUUGGUGUGAAAGCAAUGCUUAUAAAACAUCUAAAAAUUCACACAGGGGAGAAGCCAUUUUCAUGUUCAGAAUGUGGAAAAUGUUUUAGACUGAAAUCAUAUCUUGUUAUACAUCAGAGAACUCACACAGGGGAGCAGGCAUUUAUGUGUCCUGAGUGUGGGAAGUAUUUUGGUGUAAAAUCAGGGCUUAUAAACCAUUUAAGAAUUCACACAGGAGAGAAGCCAUUUUCAUGUUCAGAAUGUGGGAAAUGUUUUAGACUGAAAUCAGAACUUGUUAUACAUCAGAGUAGUCACACUGGAGAGAAGCCGUUUUCAUGCUCAGAAUGUGGGAAGUGUUUUAGACUGAAAUCACAUCUUGUUAAACAUCAGAGAACUCACACAGGGGAGGAGGCAUUUAUGUGUCCAGAGUGUGGGAAGUAUUUUGGUAUGAAAUCAGGGCUUAGAGAUCAUUUGAGAAUUCACACAGGGGAGAAGCCAUUUCCAUGUGCAGAAUGUGGGAAAUAUUUUAGACUGAAAUCACAUCUAGUUACACAUCAGAGAACUCACACAGGGGAGAAGCCAUUUCCAUGUCUUCAAUGUGGGAAAUGUUUUAGUCAGAAAGCAAGCCUUGCUCAACAUCAGGGAACGCACUCAGUGGAUAAGCCAUUUUCAUGUCUUGAAUGUGGUAAGUGCUUUAGUCUGAAAUCAAGACUUGCUAAACAUGAGAGAACUCACUCAAGGGAGAAGCUAUUUUAAUGUUUAGAUUGUAGGAGAUGUGACAGAUGUGAAGCUUCAUUGUAGGACCUCCGUUAUCUCAGGUCUGGGGGAUAUGGAUGAGCACCAAUCUUAGCCAUUAUUUAGUUUUGCAAAUGCGAGUUACUUAUAAGAUCUUGCAACUGUAGUAUAACAAUUUAAUUCAUACUCAAGCCGUUGACAAGGAGGAGCAUCGGACUCUGUUCUUAUGUGGGGUGGCUGCUGGGUUGGCGGACUUAGAAGAUUUGUCAAUGACACUGCUGUUUUUUUUACACUAGAUAUUGUUAUAUAAAGGGUGUUCAAUAAGUUAUCUACCCCAGCAAUUCGCUUGUCUGUCCGGACAUUAGGGUGGACAUUAGGGUGUUUAAUUUUGUAAUGGAAAAAAAAUUAAAUUUAAAAUUUUUGCAGACUUUGCUUACACCCCG